AUGAUCGUAUGGGUAAAUUCGAAUUGGCACUUGAGUACGACAUUCUCGUAUGAUCACCCGGACAUAGCAACGAGUUUAAACAACAUCGGCUUGGCAUAUCAUAACCAUUAUGAUUUUGAAAAGGCACUUGACUAUCAUCAACAAUCAUUGGCAAUGAAAGAACGAUGUUUACCCCAUAAUCACCCUGAAAUAGCUGUGUCCUAUUGUAAUCUUGGUCUUGCUCAUCUGGCUCUAAACCAUUUAGAUGAAGCGCUUAUGUAUUACAUAAAUGAUUUAACAAUAAGUGAAAAAACAUUACCUAGUGAUCAUGCUGAAAUUGGUAUUAGUCAUCAUAACUUAGGUCAAGUAUAUCGAGCAAAAGAAAAAGGUAGUGAUUUAGCUCUCAAACAUUACCAGGCAGCUAUAGAUAUCUAUAUGAGAAGUCUACCGCGACAGCAUCCAUAUAUUGGUUUUUCAUUAAUUUAUAUAGCUGAUGUGUUAUCGGAUAAAAACGAUCUGUCGACUGCACUUCAAGCGGCACAAGAAGCAGUAGACAUUCUUCAAGCGACACUUCCUGAAAGUCAUCGACGAUUUGCCGAAGCACUGUACAUUUUAGCGAAAAUCUAUCAGAAACAAAAACAACUUGAUGAAGCAUAUGAAUAUGCCUGCCAAGCACGGGAUAUCCAAUUGAAAACGCUAGACAGCAGUGAAGACGAAGUACGAAAAACACUCGAACUGAUCAAAGCUAUUGAAACGAGAAAGUUAUGA